CAAGCAGGGAGGACUUCAUCAGUUAGUGCUAAGGUUUGAUGCGAUCUUAGCUAAAAAAUAAUCUAAUUUUCUUUAAAUUUAACAGAUUAUCUUUGCUUUACAAUGCAAAAAAUACCAUUUAAAAUAAAAAAAUAGAGAAGUCUUCUGUCAAAAUAAAGUUGUAGUUUUUAGUUUCACCACAAGGGGGCAGCAGGGAUGUGCUCCAUAAAUGACCAUCACCUGGUUCCUGUUUUAUUUUCCUCCCACUGUAUAAAGUGUCAGCAUUAUAGGAAGUGACUUGUAGACUAAAUAUCAACAGCUAUGCAAUAAUCCUGUUUCUUUUUUAACCCAAACAAAUGUUUGCUGCCAGGCAACUGGAGGAUAAACACACAUCAGAAAUGCUCUCCAGGUUCUGGCCACACCCUGACUGAACACGUUGGACCAGUGAUGACUUUCAGAGGAGAAAGCAGGAAAUCACAGGGUGGUUUUCUCAGCGGGAGAGUGAAGCUGUUUCCCAGCAGGCUUUUUUUUCCCUCGAAGGGUCCUGGAAAUACGACCAGAACGGUUUCCCCUCUUGGAGGAUCUCUGAAGCUCCGCUGGAACCAUGGGGGACGUGGUUUCCUCUCACCUGGAUGAGACCAGGAGGGAGAUAAUCACAGCUCAGACCAGGAGUGUGAUGAAGGAGUUCGGCGGUCUGUACGAGCAGCAGUAUGCCGUCGCUCUCUUCAACGCCGUCCGAUUCGAGAUCGAAGGAGGCGGCGGGACGCAGUCACAGCUGCUCCACAGAAAGGACCCUCUGCUGGAUCGAACCAUUUUCUCYGGGAGUUUGUUCCACAACCUGGAGGAGAACAGGAAGUGGAGGGUCCGGUUUGUGUCGGUGCCCAACAACUACACCCUGAACUUUUACGAGAGCAAAGCGGCUCACAGCCAGGGACUUCAUCCCAAAGUCUCCAUCAACUGUGCCGGCUACAGAGUGUUGACCUCCAUGGAGGAGUACAUGGAGCUGAUGAACGCCAGCCUGCCAGGUGUGAAGGCCAAAGUCGGCAGCAACCCUUUCAUCAAGUUCGCCACCAAGUUCCCGCUGAUCCUGUGGCACCCGUACGCUCGCCAUCACUACUUCUGCGUGUCCACGGAGGCGGAGCAUAAGAAGUGGCUCGCCGUGAUGCAGGACUGUGUCCGACAGAGCAACAACGGUCUGUCGGAGGACAGUCCGGUCCACACGCCGGCCUUCACCGACUCCGUGAGACGCUUCAGACAGACCCGGGGACACUUCGGGACCUGGGACAUGAUGUGUGGACAGCCGCCGCAGAUUUUAGCUAAUCUGGUGAUGGAGAGCCUGCAGCCUCAGCUCAGGGCUCAGAUCGGACCUCGGCUGAAGGGGAAGCUGCAGCAGCGGCAGAGGAACUGGAUGUUGAUCUCGGACACCGUGUACAGGCAGGUGUUGGCUCAGACCAGCCGGCAGCACGCGGCGCUGCUGCAGGCCUGCGAGGCCGAAAAGACCCCGUUAGACGCCAGACUGAGGACCGACAUGGACCAGCUGAUCACCACGAAGGAACACGUCAGCAGCAAGAUACGAGCUCUGGUGUCGCCCAAAUCGGAUCAGCUCCUCCGGACCAGCAUCCAGCCCUACAUCAGCUCCAUCCUGGACGCCCUGAUGGAGCCCACCAGCCGAGGCUUCUCUGAGGUCCGGGACGUCUUCUUCAAGGAGCUGGUGGAGAUCAGCAAGAACUCCCUGAACGGAGAGGACAAGGGCAACCUGGGCCAGCAACUGGAGCGUCUGUCCAUGCUGGCCUUCCAUCCGGUGAAGAUGCAGAGCUGCUACGAGAAGAUGGAGCAGCUGAACCUGGAGGGUCUGCAGCAGAGGUUUGACCUGUCCAGCCCCUCCGUGUUCAUCAGCAGAYCUCAGGUCCUCAUGAAGCAGCAAAUGGACAACGCCGUGUACACGUUUGAGCAGCUGCUUCAGCAGUCUUUAGAGUCUCAGAGCGAGGAGGACGUCUGCAAAACCAUCCAGAGGUGCCAGGACCGGGUCAUCAAGAAAUACGAUUACGACAGCAGCACGGUGCGUAAGAAGUUCUUCAGAGAGGCGUUACUGCAGAUCAUCAUCCCCUACAUGCUGCAGCAGCUGGAGCCCUCCUGCACACCUGAGCUGCCUCGCUACAAGGAGCUGAUCUUUGAGGACCUGUCCCGUUUCCUGCUGGUGGAGAACAUGUAUGAGGAGGUGGUCCUGCAGUCAGUCACCAAAGAUAUAAUGAUGGCCGUGAAGGAAGCAGCUGUUCAGAGAAAACACAACCUCUACAGGGACAGCAUCAUCCUGACCAACAGUGACCCCAACCUGCACCUCCUGGAGGAGACCCCCCAGGCCGACUGGGCUGCUAAGUUUGGAGCCGACGAGCUGGAGGGGCACAUCGGUGGUGAGGGCCGAGGGUCUGGAGGACGACGCAGACAGGUGGUGUCCAUGAUCCAGUUGGAGGGGUUGCCCUUCCCCUACGAGUCCUGCCUGGAGGUCCCGGGGGUGGAGCUUAUCCCAGAGGAGGAUGGUGAUGUUUCAGAGUGUAAAGAGGAGGAUGAGGAAGGUUUAGGUCCGUCGGAGGACCCCAUGUCUCCUGACAGCGUGGACUCCAUCAGGGACCUGAUCAGCCCGAUGGUGGAGGUGGUGCUGCCGGUGCCGAAGGAGAAACUGAACGACGUCACCAGCGGGACGGAGACGAAGAGCGGCACCAUCACCAUGGAGGACGGGCUGGAGGAGCAGGUGACGCACGUCACCACUGUCAUCGGGAACGCCACCAAGAAGUUCGUGCGGGAGACGUCGAAGGCCGAGCUGGACCUCCAGGAGGAGGAGGCCAUCCAGGAGAUAGAGCUGGCCGUGCAGCAGGAGGAGGGCGAGCACGCCACGGAAGCGUCCACAUCCGAGUCCGACUGCGAAGCACAGGCRCCGGGCGCAGAGCGCAGCUCGCAGUACGACAGCGGCUUCCAGUCACCGGCCGAGGGCGAGCACGUCUCCAACGGUGAGGUCAAAACAAGCGACGAUGUGAACGUGGACUUAGUUUAGGACCGUCGGUGUGAGACUGUAGAAACCCAGAGAGGAAAAAACUAAAGUUUAAAUCUGUUAGAAUUUAUCUGCUUUUCCUUUCCAAUGUUCUCAGAUGUUUCAAACUUGUAGUUUUAUGUUUGACCAGCAGGGGGCGCUGCAACCAAAAUGUACUCUUCAACUUUAAAAGCACUUUGUUUUUACAAGUGGGCUCCAUGUUUCAACCCAGCUGAAUCUUAAAAGCUGUUUAAGAUAUUUUGGGGAAAUUUUUUUUUAUUUUAACCCGAAUCGUUCUGUAGAGGCUUGAAGCUGUAGAAAUAUUUACUCGUCUCUCUACAAUACCCAAGUUUUUCUUCAGCUCUGUGUGUAAUUGUGUAGUUUAGACCGUUAAUCAAGAGUUAAACUUAACGAGCUGAGGAUCGCUGCUCUGUMGGAMGUGCUACAGCUMGCUGCCAAAAACCUUAAAGCUGGGGUUAAAAGAACAGACACACAAAAGGUUGUAAAUAAAAACAAGUACAAAUAUUGGGAUUAAUUUAUUAGGAAAUGUUUGAGACAUCUUUAUUUUUAGUACAUCAAAUUAUUUAAAUCCUUUAGUUUAUGGGAGACCAAAGUGCAGUUAUUUAUUGUGUAACCUCUAACUUUCAUGUUUGUAAAAAAAAACAACUAAUAAAAGUUAUUUCAGUUGUUAGUUUUUUUUUUU